CUGCAUCCGAGCUCGCACCGUCAAAGCAUCAUCAACCACCAGGCCAGGACGGAGAGCCAACGUGACUGGCCGAGCCUAAAUUCAAUUCUGGAAAACGUUGAUAAUUAAAGAUAUGUAGCGAUUAGACGUAUUGGCUUUUGGAAACUGAACAGCGACUUAGAUACAUCCCUUAGCCUGCGGUGCUAUUUUGAUUAUUUCAACAGACAUCAACGCCUUGGCUCAAAAUGGCUGAGAUCACCGAAAUCCGAGCAGCAUACGACAUGUCCCCGGUGCUUGCGGGCUUCAUUGGGGCAGGAGUGCUGGUGGUGGCAGUGGUGACUCUGGUCUUCCUCUGGGUGUGCUGCCAGCGGCGCCGCCGCCGGUCGACGGGCGCCUACAAGCUCCACGGCAUCCAAUCAGAGCCAUACGACCCGGCAACAGACCCGCCGUACAAGUUCAUCCACAUGCUGAAAGGCAUCAGCAUCUACCCAGAGACGCUGACCAACAACAAGCGGGUGGUGCGACUGGCCAGGAAGGCCGGCUGGAGGGGGGACAGGCGCCAAGGGCCGACCACCGAGGACCAGGAGCGGGGCGAAGCAGUUGUGGACGGGGCCGACGUGGGAGCCGCAGCAGCUGAAAACGGGCAGGUCCCCUACAUCAACCGAUCGGAAGACGACGAUGGGCAGUGUGAUGGCGCGAGCCGCCACCCAUUGAGGCUGGAGCGCGAUCUGCCCAUCCGGGCCGACUACAGCUGCCUGGAGAACGUCUCAGCCCCCAGCAGCAGCAGCAGCAGCAGCCAGAGCAGUGCCACGGCCACCCCCUUCACCCCGGCCACUGACGACGAGCUGCAGAGCCUGGGCGAGCUCAGCCUGGCCGUGGACUACAACUUCCCUAAGAAGGCCCUGGUGGUCACCAUCCAGGCGGCGCGGGGGCUCCCGGCUGUGGACGAACGGGCGGGCAGUGCAGACCCCUACGUCAAGAUGACCAUUCUGCCCGAGAAGAAGCACCGCGUCAAGACCCGCGUGCUCCGGCGCACCCGACAGCCCGUCUUCGACGAGACGUUCACCUUCUACGGCGUACCAUACAGCGCACUGCCCGAGCUCACGCUGCACUUUCUGGUGCUGAGCUUCGACCGCUUCGCCCGCGACGACGUCAUUGGUGAGGCGGUGGUGCCACUGGCUGGCGUCGACCCCAGCACGGGCAAAGUGCAGCUCACACAGCUCAUCAGCAAGAGGAGCAUGCAGUGUGUGAACCGCGGAGAGUUGCUGGUGUCUCUGUCCUACCAGCCGGUCUCCCACCGGCUCAGCGUGGUGGUGCUCAAGGCCAAACACCUCCCUAAGAUGGACAUCACCGGAUUGUCUGGCAACCCGUACGUGAAAGUGAACGUGUUCUACGGCCGUCGGCGCAUCGCUAAGAAGAAGACCCAUGUGAAGAAGAGCACGCUGGAUCCCGUUUUCAACGAGUCGUUUAUCUAUGACGUGCCGGCGGAGCUACUGCCCGACAUCUCUGUGGAGUUCCUGGUCAUGGACUUCGACCGCACCACCAAGAACGAGGUGGUGGGCCGCCUGGUCCUUGGUGCACGGAGCUCUUUGCCGGCCGGUGCCGCCCACUGGCACGAGGUCUGCGGCAACCCACGCCGGCAGGUGUCCAAGUGGCACAGUCUGAGCGAGUACUAGAACCUAGCUGAGAACAUACACACACACACACACACACACACACACACACACACACACACACACACACACACACAAACACACACAUGCUAAUGCACACACACACACACACACACACACACAUGUACACACACAAACACAUACAAGUGCAUGCACAGUCUCCAACAUAUGAACAUGCACAAACAAACCUACAUACACCCAUGCCAACCUCAUACCUACCUACAAAUGGAAUACAUACACACAUUCAUAUAUGAAAACAAAAGAACUCUGUACAGGUGAGAUACCUUCAUCUUCUCUCUCUGUCACAAACACACACACACACACACACACACACAUAUCCACACUCUCUCUCUCCCUCUCUCUCUCACUCUCUCUCUCUCUCUCCCAUACACACAAACACAUUUAAACUCCUGCUUGCAUAUGCAUAUAUGCACAUACAUGGACACAAGCAGUUCAUGUACACUGAUAUAUGUAAGAAAAAGACCUCUGUGUGAGAUCUCUCUUCUAAACAAAAUGGACAAAAGGAACUAAACAUCAGUUUCCAUUCAAAAAGGAUUCGAUCACAUA